CUUCUGGCUCCGCGGCUGCUCCUGUCGGCCGGCCGGGUAGCGGGUGGAAAAUGGCCGCCGCCGGCGACUCUGACGGGCACGGGAGCUACCGUACUCCGCUGGCGGCCCGCUACGCGAGCGUCGAGAUGUGCUUCCUGUUCAGCGACAGGUACAAGUUCCAGACGUGGCGGCAGCUGUGGCUGUGGCUGGCGGAGGCCGAGCAGGCACUGGGUUUGCCUAUCACAGAUGAACAGAUCCAGGAGAUGAGGUCAAACCUGAACAACAUCGACUUCCAGAUGGCAGGUGAGGAGGAGAAGCGCCUGCGGCACGACGUGAUGGCUCAUGUGCACACAUUCGGCCACUGCUGCCCGAAGGCUGCUGGCAUCAUCCACCUUGGGGCCACCUCCUGCUACGUCGGAGACAAUACGGACCUGAUUAUUCUCAGAAACGCAUUUGACCUGCUUUUGCCAAAGCUUGCUAGAGUGAUCUCGAGGCUUGCCGACUUUGCUAAGGAACGUGCUGACCUGCCCACCUUAGGUUUCACACACUUUCAGCCUGCCCAGCUGACCACGGUUGGGAAGCGCUGCUGCCUUUGGAUUCAAGAUCUCUGCAUAGAUCUCCAGAACUUAAAGCGUGUCCGUGAUGAGCUGCGCUUCCGGGGAGUGAAGGGCACCACCGGCACGCAGGCCAGCUUCCUGCAGCUCUUCGAGGGGGAUCACCAGAAGGUUGAGCAGCUGGACAAGAUGGUGACAGAAAAGGCAGGGUUUAAAAGAGCUUUCAUCAUCACAGGACAGACCUAUACACGAAAAGUGGACAUUGAAGUGCUGUCUGUGCUGGCCAGCUUAGGGGCUUCGGUACACAAGAUUUGCACUGACAUACGCCUCCUGGCGAACCUGAAGGAGAUGGAGGAGCCCUUUGAGAAACAGCAGAUCGGCUCGAGCGCAAUGCCCUACAAGCGGAACCCCAUGCGCUCCGAACGCUGCUGCAGCCUGGCCCGUCACCUGAUGGCGCUUAGCAUGGACCCACUACAGACAGCUUCUGUGCAGUGGUUUGAACGCACGCUGGAUGAUAGUGCCAACCGACGGAUCUGUCUGGCUGAAGCAUUUCUCACUGCAGAUACCGUAUUAACUACCCUACAGAACAUUUCUGAAGGAUUGGUGGUGUACCCCAAAGUAAUUGAACGCCGCAUUCGGCAAGAGCUGCCUUUCAUGGCCACAGAGAACAUCAUCAUGGCAAUGGUCAAAGCUGGGGGCAGCCGGCAGGACUGUCAUGAGAAAAUUAGAGUGCUUUCCCAGCAGGCAGCUGCUGUGGUUAAGCAGGAAGGGGGUGACAAUGACCUUAUAGAGCGCAUUCGGGCAGAUGCCUACUUCAGCCCCAUCCACUCACAGCUGGAGCAUUUGUUAGACCCUUCUUCUUUCACUGGCCGAGCACCCCAGCAGGUCCACAGAUUCCUGGAAGAGGAAGUGUAUCCCCUGCUAAAGCCCUAUGGAAAUGUGAUGGAGGUGAAAGCAGAGCUGUGUCUGUAGAGUACAAGAGAAUUAAGGGAAAGUCAUUGAGAGUUUGCUAAUUAUAUUGUUGAGAAAGUAA